AUGGCAAAGUUGAAAAUAUAUCUUCUAUUCUGCAUCCAUUGUUGCGUACGACCUCGUGCAGCUCCAGGUGCAAAGUCAAGGGCACAGACCAAAAGAAGCGACAGGACUUCGAGGACUGAAGGUCCAAUUGGAUCGAGAGCAGAGAACCCACAGAAAGGACUGCCUGGGCCGCAACGACCGCCUGGAGAACAGGUGAAAAAGAGGAAAUAG